CAUUGACAUCUAUACCUUCAAAAAAAGACAUUCUAUUGGAGCCACCUACUUGGGAAUAUAAGUACCUCAUUUAAUUCUAGUAGUUUACAAAACCAAAACCAUACAUUCAUUUAUCCAAUCCGUAACCUACUAUCUUCCAAAAUAGCAAAACUUACCAAGUAAAUAUGCUACGUUUCGUCCGAGUAAAUGGCUUCUCUUUAUUGGCAUCUUCUAAAAAAUUAGUUGAACCAACAGAAAUAUACAACCCAAUUUUCCCCAACUACAACCCAAAUCACUUCAUUAGUAGGAAGAACAGUUUGAGAUCCUUGUGUAAUUUCAUCACACCGAAAAAUUGUGAUCAAAAUUGUGAAGUUAUGAAUCAAGAAGAAGAGUUUAUUAUCCCUAAACAUGUGGCUUUAGCCUUGGAUGGAUCUAGGACAUGGCAUAAAAAACAUGGCCUAGAUCUUGAUUAUAAGCCAUUCUAUCAGGGUUUCAUGAGGUUUAUUGAGUAUUGUCUCAAAUGGAAAGUUAGUAGUGCCACAUUCUACGUGUAUGGUCUUAGAAAUUUUAAGAAGCGAUCUAAGGAAGAAGUUGAUUUAUUUCUAGAUCAACUUGAAACAGUUUUAGAGGAGGAAUUGGAAUAUUUUACGAGGAAAGGAGUAAGAGUGUUGGCGGUAGGAGAAAAGUACAUGUUACCUAAAUCACUUCAAGCCACAAUAAAGAAAGUAGAAGAAGCAACAAAAGACAAUGCAAAACUUGAUUUAGUCCUUCCAAUAUGCUACACUUCACAAAGUGACAUAGUUCAAGCAACAAGAAAAAUUUGCCACAAAGUCAAGGAAGGAAGCAUUACAUUAGAAGAUGUUAAUGAAGAUUUGAUUCAACAACAUCUUGCCGUCCUUGGCUCUCGACCUAUUCCAGACCUAUUUAUACGAACAGGCGGCCAACUUCGCGUUGGCAUGUUGUUGGGGUGGCAAAUUGCCAAUGUUCAUCUACAUAUUACCAACACUUGUGCACCUGAUUUCGGGAAAGAUGUGUUCCUCGACGCUUUGCGUUCCUAUCAGAAAAGAGAUACAACGUUUGGUAGGUAAAGUUAGAAGCCAAGCUACUAUGUUUUAUUUUUUACCUUAAUCUUGUCAAAGAAAUUAAAAAUUCCAAUUAAUUAAGGUGUCUGGUGCGCAAAUUCUAUGCUACUUCUGGAGUGUCGUGUGCUUGGUACUCUAGAUUUAUAAAAGUUAUGUUAUUUUAAUAUGAAUUUCUUGUUAUUUCAAUUUAUAUAUAUAUAUGU